AUGGAGAUUGAGAUAAUCUCAAGAGAGUGCAUCAAACCCUCUUCUCCAACACCUCAUCACCUUAGAACCUACAAGAUCUCUCUGGUUGAUCAAUUUGGCGCUCCAACGUUAGUUUCCAGCAUCCUUUUCUAUCCACCAAUCCAAGCUAGCUCCCUCUCCAUGUCCAAGAGAUCACAAGUGCUAAAACUAUCAAGCACUCUCACUCUUUAUUAUCCGAUCGUUGGUCGGUUCAUCAACAAUCUUUCCAUUGAUUGUAACGAUGAAGGACUUUGUUAUACGGUGGCUAGACUUAAUUGUGGUUUGCAUGAUUAUCUCAAUGGUUUUGCUAUAGGCAUAGUUACUCCGCACCAUAUAUUUGAUGCAACUUCUUCAAUAGUAUUCCUCAAAACUUGGGCUACAAUGAGGUUCGUGUUUGAAGGAGCGGUUGUAAGCAAUCUUAAAUCCAAAGCAGUAAGCUCUGGAAUGCGUAACCCAACAUGCGUAGAGGUUGUGCUUGCAUUCCUCUUUAGAUGUGUCAUGUCUGCAUUGAAGGCGAAAUAUAUAUGGGGCCUAGAAGUCAAUUUUGAUGUCUACUGCGGUCAGGUGAGGGAAGUCGUAUCCACAAUCAAUGGUGAUUUUGUGAAGAGCCUUCAAGGUGCUCGAGGAUUGCAGCGAUUUUUGGAGUUUGAGGCAGAGACUCGUGAAUCAUACUAUAAGGCUUUGCCCGACGGAGCCGAAUUCAUUGUAUUUAAUAGCUGGUGUAACGCACGCAGAAUGAGUAAUGGAAUAGAAGAAUGGGUGGCACUGGAAGAAGAAAUAAUGUAUGCGAUAGAGCAUGAUGAAGAACUCCUUUCAUUAGCCUCAGUUAAUCCAAUUUCCUUAAAGUUGUUUGUUUUUAUCGAUUUCAAGUACGUUAUUAAAAGAAAUAUCCUUCCUGUGCAUGCACUCAUCAAUUAA